GUGAAGAGGAAGCUGAACUUGGAGACGGAUCACCAGUACAUAGCCGAGAGCCUGCCGGUGGGUCGGGGCAAGGCCAGGAACCCCGCUAAAGGGGCAAAGUCUCCCGGGGAGAAGUCCCGUUACGAAACCUCGCUGAACCUCACCACCAAACGCUUCCUGGAGCUGCUGAGCCAGUCGCCUGACGGUGUAGUGGACCUCAACUGGGCAGCCGAGGUCCUGAAGGUGCAGAAGAGACGCAUCUACGACAUCACCAAUGUCCUGGAGGGCAUCCAGCUCAUCACCAAGAAGUCCAAGAACAACAUCCAGUGGCUGUGGGUCCAGCUGCGCCUACUCACCGAGGACCCUGCCAACCAGCAUGCAGCCUACGUGACCUGCCAGGAUCUCCGCAGCAUUGUGGACCCCUCGGAGCAAAUGGUGAUGGUUAUCAAAGCCCCCCCGGAGACCCAGCUGCAGGUGUCAGACCCAGAGGAGGCUUUCCAAGUCUCCGUGCGAAGCACUCAGGGCCCCAUUGACGUCUUCCUCUGCCCCGAGGACAGCUCGGGGGUCUGUAGCCCUGUCAAGAGCCCCUUCAAAGCCUCCACAGAGGAGUCAUCCCCUGGCCACUCGCAGCCUAGAGCCUCCCCGCUCCUGCAUCCUGCCCAAGACAUGAACCUGCCGCUGCUGCCUGGAGAGCAAGAGACGCUGCUGCCAGGGACGAGCGCGCUGCCCAGCAAGUGCCCGGCAGAGGAGGUGAACCUCUCGCCACUGGCCUCCAUGGACGCCCUCCUGGAGCAGAACAGGGAGGAGGAUUUUUCGGGUUUCUUGGCGGACGAGUUCAUCAACCUGUCCCCACCGCAGGCGCAGGACUACCACUUCGGCCUGGAGGAGGGCGAGGGCAUCAGCGAGCUCUUCGACUGCGACUUUGGGGACUUAAUGCCCUUGGACUUCUGA